GUGCCUCCAGGAAGAGGGAGCUGUCCUCUGAUUGGCCCGCUGCCUUUUGACCUCAUCUAUACGGACUACCACGGCCUGCAGCAGAUGAAGCAGCACAUGGGCCUUUCCUUCAGACAGCACAGGUGCCACAUCCGUGUGAUCGACACCUUCGGCACAGAGCCAGCGUACAAUAAUGAGGAAUAUGCCACUCUGCACGGCUACAGGACCAACUGGGGCUACUGGAACCUCAACUGCAAACAGUACAUGACCAUGUUCCCACACACUCCUGACAACUCCUUCAUGGGUUUUGUGACCGAGGAACUAAACCAGACUGAACGAUUCAACAUAAAGAGAAACAAAGUCAACAACAUGGCUGUGGUUUACGGCAAAGAGGCCAGCAUGUGGAAGGGAAAGGAGAAAUUGCUUUCCAUCCUGCACCGCUACAUGGACAUCCAUGGGACAGUGUACUAUGAGGCCCAGCGGCCCCCAGAGGUGCCCGCAUUUGUCAGGAACCACGGCCUGCUGCCCCAGGAUGAGCUGCAGCAGCUUUUGAGAAAGGCCAAGCUUUUUAUGGGAUUUGGCUUCCCCUACGAAGGCCCCGCCCCUUUAGAGGCCAUAGCCAAUGGCUGCAUAUUCCUGCAGCCGAAGUUCAGCCCCCCUCGCAGCUCCCUCAACCAUGAAUUCUUCAGAGGGAAACCCACUUCCAGAGAGGUGUCGUCACAGCAUCCGUACACUGAACAGUACAUCGGCAAACCCCACGUCAUAACAGUAGACUUCAACAACUCGCAAGAGUUUGAGAAAGCUGUUCAAGAGCUACUUAAAUACAAGGUAGAGCCGCUGAUACCAUACGAGUACACUUGUGAAGGCAUGCUGGAGAGAGUCAACGCUUACAUCCAACAUCAGGAUUUUUGUCAGCGCAGCAGCCCGUUCCCUGCAGCCAACGAAUCCAGAUCGUGGCCUGGGAAUCCACCCAGUCCUUUCCUCCAGCUGCCCAACUCCACGGCUUUGAUCUGGGCUCCGAACAUCAGCGCUCCGGCCUGCUGGCCCCCCCUCAGCGCCCUGCGGCUCCUGCUGUCUCCAGAGGACUCGUCCUGUGUGAAAACAUGCCAGGACGCCGGCCUCAUCUGCGAGCCAGCUUUCUUUCCUUUCAUCAACAACAUCGAGGCCUUCAAUGGGCUUAAUGCUCAGUGUGAGUCUCUGGAAGCGGAGAAGAACCAUGUGUUUCCAGCCGUACAUGCGGACAGGAGAGAGUGUUUCCAGCAGAAGGAGCCGCUGCUGUUCAGCUGUGCCGGAGUCAGUGCCAAACACCAGCGGAUCUGCCCGUGCAGAGACUUCAUCCAAGGCCAGGUGGCGCUAUGCAGAGACUGCCUUUGAGCUCCAAACACCAACAUCAAAACACAAGUCUGUGCGAAGCUGAGGCCGGUCCUGGAAGUCAAACAUGUCCGAGUCCCCGAUAUCAACAGCUGCAUGGGAAUUGCUGGAGAGGUGGAGUUGUGUUUUCACUCUUGGUUCCUUUGAUCCCAAGAAAAAAACAUUGUCUCCAGACGAGCUGCUGAUGGUAAGGGAGAUGUACCCUGAUGUUAAGGGCUUCGCCAUCUUUCUGGAGGAGUUCAGUCGGCGGUGGAGUUGAGAUUGAAAGACGUGAACGGAAAAUAAACAAGAGUUUGAGGCUACUUGGUGAUGCAGGUCAGACUCUGGAAGUUGUAGUUUUACGAAACUGCAGAUGAAUUUUAAAGUCAACAUGAAACAUUAUGGAGUGCUGCUGGGAUGAUGUAUUUUUCUAGACUAAAACUUGAAAACAAGUUAUAUUUUCCUGUUUUAUUGUCGCAAAUUAAAUUUUUGGGAUUUUGGUUAAAUGUUUUAAUAAGUUCUGCUCAAAUUAAUACACAAUAAUCUUGGAAAAAGUGGAGGCUAAGGCCGUACUCACACUAGGUACAGUUGCCUCAAACCGGGCCAAAGCACGCUUGUCCACCCUCCCGUCUUCCCCGGUGGCCUGAGCUCACACCACAAACGGGCUUCGGCACGCUUACAUCAUCGCUGCUGCGCU